UGCUAUUUUUGAACGUUGGGUAAAAUCCUUGAAUACCUCGUGUAGACUAAAAAAAAAAAAAAUUCUUCUGUUAAUUGAUGGUGCAUCCUCUCAUUCAAAUAAUGAAUAUACUCAUAUUAAACUUCAUAUUUUACCGCCUCAUACAACCUCUUAUUCGCAACUAUGUGAUGCUGAGAUCAUAAAUUUGUUUAAAUCUUAUUAUCGAAAAUUAUAUCUUCAAAAUAUUGUAGAUGCAAUCAACGCUAAGGAAGAAAUACCUCGCCUUAAUAUCUUAGAAGCAAUAAGGUAA